GUUUCCAAAUAAAAGUUAUGUAAAGAAACUUGUUGUGAGUCUACUUUUGCUUGCAUAACAUUUCCUAUAGAGCUGUCUGAAAUGACAAUCUGGUAUGCUGUAGAUACAGGACCGUGACUUGAUGGGAACAGGAGGUGUAAAAUAGAACAGGAAAUAAAUUGUAUGGUAUAACGAACUACUCCACUGUCCCUCACUUCCAAACACACUAAACUUGUAUAUAAAAAGUGAAUGCUGUGCUUUCCCUGAAGGGAUGGGACGAGCAGAAUAAUAGAUGCACUGCUGUGUUGUAAUGUGAAAUUAAAAGCACUGUCCCUUUAAGAGCAGUGAUGCUCUCCCAGACUUGUGUUUUGGAAUGCCAGCAGCAGUCUUGCAGACACAUUGCUGCUGCUGCUUUUGCUGUCGUGUCUCUGUGAGGGUUAACAACACUUCAGCUUGUUGUCUGGAACCGGUUCAGACUGGUUUUCUAGAAAGUGCUUUGUCUCUCAGACUGAAUCCUGGGAAGGGUCAUGUGGAGCCCAGUGAUGUCAUGGGAUCAAAAACUGACUCAGCUUUUUUUAAUCAGAUGUGGGUCUGCAGGUACAGUGAAAUGGCAGACUGAAAUGCCAAAGCUCACCAAAAGCAAAAGUUUCUGACUUUGGCAUACAACGAGUUAACUGUGAUCCCACAGGAGUUAAGCACUUCCUGUGCAGCGAGUGGAAAAGCCUGGCUCAUUAAUUAAAGAGAGAAGAAAGUAUCAACUUAAAUAUUACAAUGGCAGUGCCUUAAUCUCUAGUGGCAAACUGUAAGGAAACAUGGAAGAGAUUCUCUUCACUCAGGGCAUGGUAGUCCUUUCCCCACAACGUUGGAUUCCUGAAAUUUGCAAUCUGAUACAAGUACUAGAAAUUCAUGAGCUUCACAAUGACAGAGGAAGCAUGCAGGACACGAAGUCAGAAGCGAGCACUAGAACGAGAAAUAACCCAAAAUGACGUGGACAGUAAAAAAAUUAAAAUGGACAAAGGACUCUUGGGAACAGAUAUAAAGACUGAAAGUGACAUUAAAAUAAAGACUGAUCCUGGAGCUGGGAAAGUCCAAGGAUUAUUAAAAGGAGGGGAGGUAAAAGCAACUAUUAAAGUGGAGGUGCAGACAGGUGAUGAACCUGUUGACAUGAGUACCUCAAAAAGUGAUCUAAAGAGAGAAAAGAGAGUCCCCUCGCCUGAUAUUAUAGUGUUAUCAGACAAUGAACCUUCGAGCCCUAGAAUGAAUGGUUUAACAAAAAUAGCAUUAAGAGAGACCAACACAGAGGCACUCAUGGCCUUACAGAAGAGCAGCCCAGAGGAGCGCGAGAGAAUGAUUAAACAGCUAAAAGAAGAGUUACGAUUAGAAGAAGCAAAACUUGUUUUAUUGAAAAAGCUGCGGCAGAGUCAAAUACAGAAAGAGACCACUACUCAGAAGCCUCCUGGUUCCUCUGGGAGUGCUGUGGCCACCCCUCCCCCAUUGGUGCGGGGAACACAGAAUGUUCCUGCUGGCAAGCCAUCCCUUCAGACCUCUUCUUCACGUAUACCAGGCACUGUUAUUCCCCCUCCAUUGGUCCGUGGAGGGCAACAAGCAUCUUCAAAACUGGGAUCUCAGCAGAAUACGCAGAUAGUAAUGCCACCUCUUGUCAGAGGAGCCCAGCCCAUCUCUGUUUCUCCCCAGCAAAUCCACAACAUCCGACAGCACUCCAGCACGGGGCCACCUCCACUGCUUCUGGCACCACGGGCAUCCGUCCCCAGUGUACAGAUUCAGGGACAGAGAAUUAUACAACAGGGUUUAAUCCGCAUUGCCAAUGUUCCCAAUACCAGCCUGCUUGUCAAUAUACCACAGGCCUCACCUACUUCAAUAAAAGGUACAACCGUGACAUCAGCUCAGGCUAAUGCUGCUACUACUACCAGUGUUGCUUCUAUAGUGAACUCCAACGAGUCCCCAGCCAGCCGGCAAGCUGCUGCCAAACUUGCACUGCGCAAGCAGCUGGAGAAGACGCUCCUGGAGAUCCCACCUCCUAAACCACCUGCACCAGAGAUGAAUUUCCUGCCAAGUGCAGCCAACAACGAAUUUAUUUACUUGGUUGGUUUGGAGGAAGUAGUGCAAAACUUGCUAGAAACUCAAGGUAAAGUUUCAGUCACCGCCUCCUCUCAGGAGCCCUAUAUGUGUGCUCAAUGUAAGACUGACUUCACUUGCCGCUGGAGGGAAGAGAAGAACGGAACCAUCAUGUGUGAAACCUGUAUGACAUCGAAUCAGAAAAAGGCCCUCAAGGCUGAGCACACUAAUCGACUGAAGGCUGCCUUUGUGAAAGCCUUGCAGCAAGAGCAGGAGAUUGAGCAGCGGAUACUGCAACAGACAGCUUCUCCUGUACAGACCAAGUCGGAACCUAUAGUCCAGCAUCAUUCACUCAAGCAGACUUCUAGCCAGCUGUCUCGAGGUCCCCCAGGAAGCACCCGAGGAGUCUUGCAUGCAUUUAGUCAGUCACCCAAGUUGCAGAAUGCAUCAGCUGCAGCAGCACUUGGUAGUAGGCCAGGUAAGCAUGCUGAGAGACCUGUCAGCAAGAGCAAUGCUACUACCUGGAAGAAGACCCCCAUCACUACAGGUGGGGCUCUAGCUUUUGUCAACCCUAGUUUAGCUGUGCACAAGACUUCUUCAGCAGUAGACCGUCAACGUGAAUAUCUCCUGGAUAUGAUUCCCCCACGAUCCAUCCCUCAAUCUGCAACAUGGAAAUAAUGCCGUGGAAUGCCCAAGAGGAAGACUUACCCGUUUCUGCCAUUCUUUUUUAAUACCACAAUACAGUGGAAUCUGCUUUAAACCCAGCUGGACUUGCCCAAGCUUUGUAGGAAGCAAGAAGACUGCUCCUCAUCCCAUUGAGUGCUGCUGUCCUUGCUAUGAGAAAAGACACCAAGAGAGUGGGAAUAGACUCGAGCUCAUUUGGCUAUCCAAUUCUUGUGAUUGGCUGAUGGUGAAGGCUGUCGGGAAGGGGGAGAAAUUCUUAUUUUUUGGCUUUUGUGUAUUUAGGUGUUUUGGGGUUUUUUUGUGGUCACCAGCACACAAGGAGGACUAAAAGGACCAUCUGCCUUUGGUUUCUUUACUUUGAGCUAGCUAGUCACCAAGCAUACAGUGUUCACUGGCAAUCAAGGAUGCACUUCUUUGUAAGCAAAGUGGAAUAUGAACCCAGUGAUUGCAGAUGCAUUUAGCAGGUUGAAUUCAUGUUUGCUUCUCCUCUUUCCCCCACCCCAGAAAGGCAAUCUACAAUUUAUAAUAAUGAGCUAAUGAUGAUAAAUAAGCGCAAACUCAAAUUCCAGUUGGUCAUGAUUUCUAAUGGACUGGUUGCUGCCCCACCAGUCCCAGCAGGUGGGAGGCAGUGUAGGCCUCUCACUUUCAUUGGAUUCUGUUGAAUAGACUUUGUGGACACUUGAUGGUCUAAACCCUGAAGUUCUGAACAAUAAACAGUAGCCUGUUCAGUCUCUCUAAUCUAGCACAGAGCAAUCGGCCCUUGCAAACGUUCCCAGAGACUUUUUUAAAAGUUAAACUUCUUUUUUUGUUCCUUGGUGAAGUUGUAUUAAAAAACGAAGAGCUCCAGAAGCUGUGUGUAAUCAGGGAGGGUGAGAGGAGGGAGCAGAAGGAUGAAAGGUAGGAGUCAGGCAACAGGUUCUUUCCUGUGUUAUCAGUUGGAGAAGCAAUCCUUCCUAGUCCAUGCUUUAGUGGUGUGAUGACUGUAUGCGUCAGGCAGUCUGCCUCACCCUGAUCCCUAGAAUUCCAUUCUUCCAUGCUCCCCUCUAUCCCAUCGCUCCAGUAUUUCAGUUUUGGUGGAGCGUUAGGUAACCCUGCUUUAAGGACAGGAUUCCGUGUGGUUUUAUUAUAUUUUGGGAUUACACGGAUACAUUUAGAAUCAUUGGGUUUGGUUUUUUCACUUUAUAUUGGUUACAAGUGGCAGAAAUACAUACCUUGUUACUUGUAUUGCAUAUCGGUACUAGAACUAGUGCUGAUAUGAAUUCUUUUCAAAGUUAUAAAUAUAUAUAUAUAUAAAUAAAUAGAGGAAGGGGGAGUUACUAUCCAGUUUCUACUUUGAAUCUGGUAUUUGUUUUCUUAGCAGCUUCAGUUAGAUCCUUAAUUUAAAACAGUUACUGUGUAGGGCAUCCCUUUUCAGAUCCACCUCUCACAUUAUGAUAACCUUAUUUUAACCCCUCUUCUGUUGUGUGAAUAUCAAUAUUUAGAUAAAUUUUUUUUUAAAACACCCAGUAGUGUAGAUGACCUAGUUUUGCAAAAUGGUAUUUUUUUGCUGUAUAAAGCCCUAGAAUUUCAGUUUUACUUUUUUUGUUCUGAAUGUAUGAAGAACUGGAUGAGGUGGGUUGUGGGUGGUGGGUGUUUUUGUUUUUAAUUUUCAUUCCAAGGUGUGGGGUUCUUUGUUUUGAUGGGGCGGGGAGAAAGAAAGAGUGCAUAUUAUUUUGCACAGUAUGAAAAUAUUUCAGUUCCUUGAAUUUUUUUGUUCCUGACAAAUCUGUUUUACACUCUCUCGAAUACAGUUGUCUCUUUCUACUUAAUGACCUGGGCCAAAGUGCGUUUCUGAGUUUAAAUCUCACUUCUCAAAUUACAAUCUUGUGCCCACACAUGGCUUUUUGGAAACCUAGGGUAUGAACAACUUCUAAGGUCAAAAAGUGUGCCCUUUCGAACGUUGGGCAGCUAUAGUUUCAUCCAGUGCUGCAGAAGGGGGAUGGAAGAAGGGGAAGAAGCAAUAAAGUUGCUUGUUAGAAACAAUGUCAAAACUGUUUUGGAAAGUGCCAAUAUUGGAAUAGCAGCAUUUAAAACUUUAAUUUCAGUAGAAAGGAUAAUGAGAACUAGUUUAAAGGCCAGAAAAUUAAAUAAAAAUCAAAGCCUGCACAUAUUGCAUCUUGUAGACUUUACCCUCCUCUGCCAUAUUGUAUCAGCAUAAUUUUGGACUUUCUCUUUCCACUUAA